GAAAGAAGAAUACUAUUUUUCGUUUGUCUAUUUAUAUCAUUCGGGCUCGGCUUCCUCCUCCGUCCGCCGGAGAGGAUGGCUGAAUCCACCGUCGGCGAAAAGGCUCCGGCGAAGGUCAUCUUCGGAAAUUACGAACUGGGCCGCCUCCUCGGCCGCGGCUCCUCCGCCAAGGUCUACCACGCGCGGCACCUCCCAUCCGGCAACUCCGUCGCCAUCAAGGUCUUCCCCAACCCCCGCCGCCCCGCCGGGCAUCCCGCCUCGGCUUCUGACUCCUUCAUACGCGAGAUAUUUGCCCUCCGCCGCCUCCGCCACCGCCACAUCGUCCGCCUACACGAGGUUCUCGCCUCCCGCUCCAAGGUCUACCUCGUCCUCGACCACGCCAAGGGCGGCGAGCUCUUCUCCCGCAUCGAUGACCACGGCCGCCUGUCCGAGGACCUCGCCCGCCGGCUCUUCCACCAGCUGAUCUCCGCCGUCGCCCACUCCCACUCCCGCGGCGUCUUCCACCGGGACCUCAAACCCGAGAAUCUCCUCCUGGACGAGGCCGGCGACCUCAAGGUCGCUGAUUUCGGAUUCGCCGCCCUCCGACGCUCCGCCGAUGGCGCCGACCACCUCCUCCGCACCCAAUGCGGGACGCCGACCUACGUCUCGCCGGAGAUCCUGAUGGGGAAGCGAACGAACGGCUACGAUGGGGCGAAGGCGGACAUCUGGUCCUGCGGCGUCAUCCUCUUCGUGCUCGUCGCUGGCUACCUCCCCUUCAACGGUUCCAAUCUCAUGUCUCUUUACCGCAAAAUCUACCGCGGCCACCACCGCUGCCCUCGGUGGACGCCGCCCGACCUCCGCCGCCUCAUCGCACGCCUCCUCGACCCCGAUCCGGCCACUCGCAUCUCGAUCGACGGCAUCCUCCGCGACCCCUGGUUCGCCCAGGGCCUCGACGCAAAUCAAAGGGCGGCCCUCAUGCGGCCCCUCGUUGACGAACAAAAGCCCCGACACCACGCCGGCGCCGGCCAACUCAACGCCUUCGAUCUCAUCGCCUUCUCCUCCGGACUUGACCUUUCGGGCUUCUUUGGGGAAGGAGAAUCAUCGGACCGGGAGCGGUUCGCGACAUUCGAACCGGUGGACCGGGUUCUGGAUCGGGUCGAGCGAGUGGGAAAGGGCGAGGGUUUCGCGGUGAGGAAGGAGAAGGGGGCGGUGGUGUCGACGGUGGUGGAGGGGCAAAACGGAGAGUUGAUAGUUAGGGUUGAAGUUUACCGGUUGGCGGGCGGUGCGGCGGUGGUGGAGUUGGAGAAGGGCGGCGGAGGCGCUGGAACCUUCUGCAGCGAGAAGCUGAGGCCGGCGUUGUGCCAGCCGUCCGGCGGCUGUCGGUGACCGACGGUCUGACUACGUUUGAAGUCAGCGGCAAUUGCUUUGUAUAAAAAUAAUUAAAAUUAGAGAAAAGGGUAAAAUAAGGUAUCACAUGAAAAUAAAGGGGCAAUUUGGUAAAAGAGUGCAUUUAAUUUAUUUAAAUAGUAAUCAGAACCUUAAAUACUAAACCCAAUUAAUAUAUUCUUUAUACUAGUAUGAUCGUACACACGCGUUGGGUGUGUAAUAUAAUUAUUCUAAUCCCAGCAAUAAACUAUU